AUGGCUAGAGAAAACUCCACUGUGGUAUUUGAGUUUAUCCUCCAGGGAUUUUCGGAUCAUCCAGAGCUGCAAACUGCCAUUGUUGGGGUGUUCUUGGUUAUCUAUAUCAUCACGCUGAUGGGCAAUCUUGGGAUGAUCUUGUUAAUCACUGCUGACUCUCGACUUCACACCCCCAUGUACUUCUUCCUCAGCCAGUUGUCUUGUAUAGAUUUCUGCCAUUCCUCCAAUAUCAUCCCAAAAGCACUAGAAAAUUUCCUUUGGGAUAGGAAGGUUAUUUCCUUUACCGAAUGCUUUGUACAGAUGUAUAUCUUUAUUGUUUGUUCUUCCUCUGAGUGCUUCUUUCUGUCAUUGAUGGCUUAUGACCGUUAUGUAGCCAUCUGUAAUCCCUUACUUUACACAGUUGUGAUGUCCUUCAAGCGAUGUCUCAUGUUUGCUGCUGUGAUGUAUACUGCAGCCUUUCUCAAUUCAAUGUUACACACUACCUGGACAAGCAGUUUAUCUUUUUGUCACUCCAAUGUUAUUGAUCACUUCUUCUGUGAAAUACCUUCACUCCUCAAGCUCUCCUGCUCCAACAUCCACAAGAAUGAAGUUCUGUUAUUCAGUAGUGCUGUAGUGCAUAUAGUAGGCUCGAACCUGAUAAUCAUUGGUUCCUAUGCUUAUAUCCUGUCCACCAUCCUGCGGAUGAGAUCUGCAGAAAGCAAGCGAAAAGCUUUCUCCACUUGUGCCUCUCACCUGACAGCUGUCAUUGUGUUCUAUGGAACUGGGGCCUGCACAUACUUACAGUCUCAUACAGAGAAUUCACAAGAACAGGAUAAAAUGGCCUCUAUGUUCUACACUGUGGUGACCCCAAUGUUGAACCCCCUCAUCUACAGUCUGAGGAACAAAGAGGUAAAGGAUGCCAUGAGUAGAGAGAUGAGCAGGAAAAUGGUUGUAAAAUGA